UAUGAGUCAGGGAUUUUCGUCGUUUAAGUCGUAAGAAGUUCUUUGUCGGUUCUUCAAAUUCUCUUAUCAGCUUCAAUUGGCAAUCACUAAUAAUCACAUAUUAUCAAAUUGUUAACAAUAAGUAACCAGAAUUUUCAUAUUUUAAAUUGUUCUACUGUGAAAUUUACUUGAACUGCGGGUUUGUUUUUACUUGUAUGAUGAUUUUCUAAUGUAAUAUGGACCCUUAUAGUUACAAACCAAAAGAUAAAGGCCCAGAUGCUGCCAGAGGUGAACAGAAUGUGCAUUACAGUGAUAAAAAAUGCAACCAGGAACCUCCUGGGUAUGGCCGCAUAAUGAUAAAAUCAGGAGAUAGGGUAGAAAAAUUAUGUAAUAUUGGUGAUUCUAGUUCAUCUAGUUACAGUGAAAGAGUGUCUCCAUUAACUAUGUCAAGUAAUCAUUUGUCUAAAAGAACUGAUAUAGAUACAUAUUUAAAUGAAGCACCAAGUAAGUCUCAUUGUUCUGAUUACAAGGCUUUUGAUCCAAAAGUUUCUAAUAGUAAAGUUGAUUCUCUGAGCUCGACUUUGGGUACUAUUUCUCUAACCGAUAAACAGGAAUCAAACAAGUAUAUGGGCUUUGUUAAUGGUGCUCCCCAUCAUACUAUUGAUCAUAAUAAAUAUUAUAGUUCGUAUCUUUCGAAAAAUGGUCCUACAAGUCCAACUCGUAGUCCAAGUGGUUCCAGUAGAGAUUCUAAUAGUCCAAGAGGCAGUAUGGUCCAACCACCUUUAUAUGACAGUACUAAAAGUCCCCUGUAUGAAAAUGUUGAUUACUAUGGAACUCGUGCAAUGCCUCAAACACCAGCAUAUUAUCAUCAACCACAUUCCAGUGCACAAUCUAGCUAUAGUUCACAGGACUCUAAACAUUCCAGCCCGAGAGCAAGUUAUGUUGAUAAUCAAUAUGAAAGUACAUAUCGUAAAGCUCAACCUCAGGUACCUGUUGGAAUAAAAUAUUCAGUUACUAAAGAAUAUCCUCCUUAUGAGGCUCCACCUGUCUAUGAAAAUGUUCAGGAUCUAAAAAGUCAAGAAGGUCGGCCGAUGUCUCAGUAUGCAGUGUAUGGCGAGCAAAGGCAAAUUGCAGUUGCUUUGACAACUCCAACUUCCUCUUAUUUGCCUCCACCUUAUACUAGCUAUCCUGUCGGACAGUCUUCUAGAGUUGAAUCAAAAACUGCAGAGACUGUGCGUCCUGCAAGUGUUACCACUGGUCAAACCUCUCUUGCUACCAGCUACCAACGUGCUGUUGCCCCUAUUCGAGAGCCAUCACCUACACCUUCAGCUAAGAUAAAAGCAGUCCAAGGCUCUGGCAAGAAUUUAUUACCCUACAAUGUUACUCCUCCAAGGCCCAUGGGACCUACAGAAGCCGAAAGGAAGAUUGAAGAACUGACACGUCAGUUGGAAGAACAGAUGGAGAAACAAGAAGAAGAAGGCGAAUAUUUCGGUAUUUGCCAUACGUGUGGAGAGAAGGUAACCGGAGCCGGGCAAGCUUGCCAAGCUAUGGGCAACCUCUACCACACAAACUGUUUCAUCUGCUGUUCUUGCGGACGUGCGCUAAGAGGAAAGGCAUUCUACAAUGUCCAUGGCAAAGUCUACUGUGAAGAAGACUAUCUGUAUUCUGGAUUCCAGCAAACAGCAGAAAAAUGUGCAAUAUGUGGGCAUCUCAUCAUGGAAAUGAUCCUCCAGGCAAUGGGCAAGUCUUAUCACCCUGGCUGUUUCCGUUGCUGCAUGUGUAAUGAAUGCCUUGACGGUGUUCCAUUCACUGUUGACGUGGACAACAAGAUAUAUUGUGUUAAUGAUUAUCACAGAAUGUUUGCUCCAAAGUGCGCAGCCUGUGGUAAAGGCAUCACACCAGUUGAGGGUACUGAAGAGACAGUUAGAGUAGUGUCCAUGGACAAGGAUUUCCAUGUAGAUUGCUAUAUUUGUGAGGAAUGUGGUAUGCAGCUGACCGACGAACCCGACAAAAGGUGCUAUCCCCUGAACGGACAUCUUAUGUGUCGAGCUUGCCACCUCCAGCACCUGCAACAGUCGCCUCGGCUGCAGCCUUCGAUGCAUUAACCUCCCAAAACUUAUUGAUAUUUUUCUGCAUUUAUUUAUUUAUCUAUUUGUAUAUUUUUUGCGGCAUUAUGUAUAUUUGUAGAGAUUAGUUUUAUUGGAGACUGCUUGCUUUCCUCUAUUCUGAGAACUUCAUAAAAGACAAAUUUUUGCUGAAUCUGAAAUUGUAAUUCAAUUUUGGAGCUGUACUU